UUCAUGUCAUGCACAUUGUUAUCAGAAAAGCUGGCAGAGUUCAAAGCUCAUAUACAAUCAGGGAAAAGGACGCAGACUACUAGUUAUCAUCAGCAUGGCACUUGGAAUAGGGACAACUCUUCUACUGGCUACUGUAGUCACUCUCGUAAUUUACCUGGUGUCAUGGUGGAGAAGGAUAAAGCACAGUAAUCUCCCUCCAGGCCCCACACCUCUGCCUCUGCUGGGAAAUAUAAUGCAAAUGGGUAUCACAGAAGUGCCCAAAUCGUUUGUAAAGAUAAGUGAGACCUAUGGACCUGUGUACAUCUGCUACCUGGCCAACCUUCCGGUGGUUGUACUGGUUGGAUAUGAUGCGGUGAAGGAGGCAUUGGUGGAUCACAGCGAUGUGUUCAGCAGUAGAGGAGAAUUUGAGGUGCUCACUAUGUUAUUCAAAAAUUAUGGGAUUGUCAUGAGUAAUGGAGAAAGGUGGAAGACAAUGAGACGCUUCGCUCUAAUGACCUUGAGAAAUUUUGGAAUGGGGAAGAGAAGUAUUGAGGAGAGAGGAUUCAGGAAGAGGCUCAGAACCUGAAAGAGCAAUUCAUGAAAGAAAAAGACGCUAACCGUUUGACCCAACACCUGCUGGGAUUAGCUGUCUCCAAUGUCAUCUGCUCUGUUGUGUUCGGAAAGAGAUUUGACUAUGAGGACAAGAAGUUUAUGACCCUUCUGAAUAUAUCAGAGAGAUCUUCAGGAGUAUGAACUCUAGAUCUGGUCAGAUCCUAGGCAUGUUCCCAAAACUGAUAAGCAAACUUCCUGGACCCCAUCAGAAAAUGUUUAUCAAUUUUGAAAAGCUGAGGGCAUUUAUAAGGGAGACAGUGAAGUCACACCAAGAAGUUCUGGAUGAGAACAGUCCACAAGACUUCAUAGACUGUUUCCUCAUAAAGAUGGAAGAGGAGAGAGAAAACCCAAAUACGGAAUAUCACGAGGAAAACCUAUUGGGAUCAGUCCUUGACUUAUUCUUUGCUGGUACAGAGACUACAAGUAGUACUCUGAGAUAUGCUUUCCUAAUAAUGCUGAAACACCCAGAGAUACAAGAAAAGGUGCAGACAGAGAUUGACACCGUUAUUGGACAAGAUCGCCUUCCAUCUGUGGAGGACAGGAGCAAGAUGCCAUAUACAGAUGCUGUUAUACAUGAAAUUCAGAGAUUUGCUGAUAUUUUUCCUGUAGGAUUAUUACAUGCAACCAGCAAAGACACCACCUUCCGGGGAUACCACAUUCCCAAGAACACUGUGGUGGCUCCUAUACUAACAUCUGUCUUAAAAGACCCUAAUUGGUUUAAGAACCCAACUCAGUUGAUCCAGGCCACUUUCUUGAAGAGAAUGGGGCCUUUAAGAAGAAUGAUGCCUUCAUGCCGUUUUCUGCAGGUAAACGCGUUUGUGCAGGAGAAGGGCUGGCUCGUAUGGAACUUUUCUUGUUUUUUAUUACUAUACUGCAAACAUUUACUUUAAAACCUACAGUGGACAGGAAGGACCUAGAGAUCACCCCAGAGCCCAACACCAACGCUUCAAGAGCUCGGAAUUACAAGAUGUUUGCUGUCCCUCGGUGA